AUGAGUCAAUACGUGACAGACGUUUUCAAAACCGUUUAUGUCUCCGUACUUCCCAAUGCCAACGCCUACGCAAUGCACGAGCGGGGUGAGGUAGGGACCCCGAGGUUCACCCAGUAUUUCCGUGGCAGCCUGUCAGGUCUGACAAUCCGACCGGGCCGCAUCGAAACCCAGAAGGUUAUUUCCUGUUUGCAGGCUUGCAAAGAAGGCCUUGAUAUUAACUCCCUGGAAAGCCUCGCCAAGGACAUCAAGUUCCAUUUUAACCCCGCUCAGUCCGUGCUGGUGGUGGAGGGAGAGGAUCUGGACAGCAUCAACACAGCCAUGACCAAAGUCUCCUACAUUAACUCUCGCCAGUUCCCUACAUCAGGCCUUCGACGGCUGCACAUCACCACCACAGUACAGUGUUUCGGUGAGGACAUUUGUCUCUCCAUCCCAGACAUCAAGUCAGUGGUUAUGGUCCUGCCGCCUAGUGAACCGAGGAUCACCAUCUCAGGAUCUAAUCGGCUCGUCAGGCCUGGCGCUGACCUGCGGGGCCCGCUGGGUGUGGCCCCCUUCAAAGAGCUUCAAAUCACCAGCACGGUGAUGAAGGGAGACAGCUUCGGCGGAUCUCGCAGACCAGGUGUGAUGGAGUUGAUGCAUAACCUGGACUACUGCGAUGUUCUGGUGAUUGGGGACGAGCUGAAUCCUGAGAGAGAGAGUCUGGAGAUUCAUCACAGCGCUUUGUUGGGAAAACACCUGGAUGCCACCAACUCCACCUCUGGAAUAUCAAUAUAUGGUGUGGACUCCAUGGCCCACUACGAGCAGGCGCUGAGGCAGCUGCGCUACAGGAACCAGCGCCCUGCCACCCUGAGUGAGAGGAGGUUCAGACUCACCUGCUCCGAGCUCAACGGACGAUACACCAGCAACGAGUUCAACCUGGAGGUCAGUGUCCUUCACCACUCAGCACCUGUGCAUGUCAAUCACAUGGCCGCCCAAGCUCCGUUCAUGAGACCGGUCCAUCACCCUCUCAUGAUACACGCGCUCAACUCACACAUGUCAGGAUCAGCGCCUCCAGCAGCCACAGCUGUUAUCGUGGUGUGUAUCGCCGCCCUGGUGGUGAUCGUGGUGAUCGGCGUGUACAGGAUCCACGCCACGCAUCAGGAGGGGUCCAGAGAGGAGGAGGAGGAGGUCAAAGAGACUGAGGAAGACUGGGACAACUCUGCACUCACCAUCACUGUCAACCCCAUGGAGGUUAGGAUAGAUCA